AUGGGGGAUGAUCCGGAAAGACUAUAUCGUUUGGAUGGAGUUGCUCAUAUAGCCGGGGUCAUCAACGACGAUCCCCAGCGAUGCAUCUCGAGCAUGCGACGGCAGCAGGGCAUGCGACUCGACGAGAGGUACGUUUCGUACUUACAGAUGGCCGGAUUAUACCAUCUUGCGAGAUUGAACGAUAGAUGGUUCAGAUUGGAUGAGCCCCUUGUCAGUGCUUUUGUCGAGCGGUGGCGUCCGGAGACGCACACAUUCCACAUGCCAUUCGGGGAGUGCACGAUCACACUACAGGACGUGGCGUACCAGUUGGGGUUGCCGGUCGAUGGACGUUAUGUCAGUGGUUGCUUGACGGAUUUCCAGAUAUACAUCCAGGGUAGCCGUCCAGCGUGGGAGACCUUUAGAGAGUGCCCCGAGGCAGCCGACGAGGAGACAGUGAGGCGCUAUGCUCGUGCCUAUAUCAUGAUGCUGUUGGGCACUCAGCUGUUUGCCGACAAGUCCGGCAACCGUAUUCACAUUAGAUGGCUACCCUACGUGGCUAGGCUUGAGGAGAUGGGUGGCUACAGCUAG